UUCGUAAUAACAUGUUGUGAUAAAAUGGUCCAGUCCAGGCUGAAAGAUUUUAAUUUGGUUGCAUAGAUUUAUUUUGACUGUUUUAACUUUAGAUUUAUCUCAGGUUUAUCCACUGGAAAAACAAACGCGCUUACAUAAAGUAUCCAAGUUUGCUUCACAGGACUCAAAAAUAGUAUGAAGAACAGUAAAGUAGUUAUCUCUUCUUGCGAGAAAGAUUUUAUUUUAUCAUGCGUACGCAGUGGCAAGGUAUACUUUCUACAAAGUUAUAUGUACAAUCUCUGAUAUACAAUAUAAAGAAAUGAAAUAUAUCAUCAUGUGUCUGUUUUAGCGCAUGGAUCGUCGUCACACAUAUGACUACAGAAAACUGCAGAUAUCAUUUGGAGUAGAUCGAGGUCAUUGCGAGGUUCAAUUAGGUAAAACUAGGUAAGAAUUAUAUCAGCAGGGAUUUAUUAUACAAGCAUUUUGGUCUACUACUGGGAUUUUUAAGGAAAAUUGAGUUUCAGUGUUUAUAGUGGGAGAACACUUCCACAGUUUGCCCCACCACCCACCCCCAGGGAAAUUUUUGAUUUUGUCUCUAUGAAAUAUUAACAUUCCCCACAUGCAGACAACGCUUUUGAGCAAAAAUAUAACUGUUGCAAAACAGAAUUUUUAUAGCAUGUUGAAUUUCAGAAGGUCCUCAUUCAAAUGGCGGUUCAAUAAAAUCAGUUGCAGCCUUUCACUGAAACUUGGCAUCUCUGCCAAAUGUCUGCUGCAGUAAUUUUGUUAGCCAAUGAUAAAUACAGCAACAUACUUUGUAUAUUAUCAUACUUUGUAUGUGAGAAGUGGUCCCUUUUGGUCACAAUUAUGCACUAGUCAAUUGAAACCCUGGCCCCCCGACCCCGGGAUAGGGCGGGGGAAAUUAACAUUUUGACAAUGUUAAAGUUUGGUAAUUACCCCACUACCGGGGGAAUAUUGACUGUUAAAGUUACCGCCCCUAUGGCCCCAGCACUUUGCAAAUUAUAAUGGGAAAUCGUUGAAGAAUAAAAUGUUCACAACAUGUGAAGGCGAUUCUUGAUCUUAAACUUUGAUCCACAUCAAAAGAUACUGAAUAAUCUACAUUUCAAGUAUCUUGCAGUCAUCAUCAGGAAUAUAUAAAAAGUGAAAAUAUAUUCCCUUUUUUUAAAGAAAAACUAUGAGGAAACAAUUCUCUGAUUUCGAAGAUUCCGCCAUGUUGCCAUGAGGAUAAACUUGUUCCAGUCCACUUUCAUAUCAGCCGCACGUUAAAGUCCUGGCUAUUGUCCCGGCUAAUAAAUUGACUUGUUAUUUACCCUGUACCCCGGGGGAAAUAGUGCAUUAAAACCGUGUUAAUCCACGGCCAUUCCCCCGUUAAUUCCCUGCCCUGUCCUGGGGGGCCGGGGUUUCAAUUGACUAGCUAUAGUGCAUUAAUACUUAAUAAAUGAUUUUCUCUAUACCUUUAUGUCAUCUAGAGUGCUAGCUCAAGUAUCAAGUGAGGUAGUAUGUCCACCACCAAACAGGCCAUCUGAGGGACAAUUAUUUUUUAAUCUUGAACUUUCUCCAAUGGCGUCACCUGCUUAUGAAACAGGAAGGUAUGACGGCCAUAUUGCUAAAGCGUUCUUACAGACUCUUCCUUACCAUUGUCAAACUUUUAGACUAGAGCCUAACUUCAGUUGCUACUUGUUUAAUUAAUGUCCUGUUUUGGAUGAAACUGUCAGCCUCAAUUGAAAAAAAAAUUAUUGUUUUGGCCAGUCAGACACUUGGUUAUUUCACUGAUAAAACCUGUAGACAAAUUAUAUAACUCUAUCCUUUCAAAUUUUUUAGCUAUGUUACACAACUUUUUGACUAUAUACUACAGCAUUCAGGGAGGCAGACACUUGCAGCCACAAAUGGUGUAUCCCCUCAAUAAUUUCUGAAAGUUUGUGAAUGACAGCUUCAGGACUGCAUGGUUAUAUUGUGCAAUUAACAAAGCAGAAACAAAUAUUUUAUAACCACAAAAGACAUAAAUAAGCAUGAAAUGUACAUAUGAAAUCGAAGUAUAUUAAAGAGAAAAAAUAUGGCCUGCCAGUCUAAAAAUUUUUGGCAGGCAAAAUAAAUUUUAGCCUGCUAUUUUAUUCAUUGAACUGCCAAAAUGGUGAUGUCUCAUAUGAGUCACAUUGUAAAAAUCAAUGUUUUCAUGAUGUGCAUUUUUAUAGUUUUUAAACUUGUCUAUUUUACUACAAUAAACUUGGAUUUACAUUUCAAAUAUAAAUGUAUUUUGCAUUUUUCCUUUGUCAACAUCACUUAUUAUGUCAGCAAAAGUGAUGCUGACAAAGAAAAAGUCACUUUGCACGAACGAAUAUGCCUUGUGGAAAACCAUAGGAAAACUGCAUGGCGUUAAGAGUAGUAUGUCAAACUGGAGCAUAGACGGCAUUUGACAAAGACUCUCCAUUGUUGAUAGAGUGGGGAAACCUAUGUUCUUGACAAUGAGUUCCUCGUAAUGAUUAAUAAUCAACUGAUUCCCAGAGUGCACUCAAUCCCGUGUUUGGGAGUUAAACUUGAUGAAACAUUGAAUUGGGACGAACAUAUUGAAAUGGUUUGCAAAAAAGUCGGAGCGGGCAUGGGAAUUUUAAAGCGUAUCAAGCCCUAUGUUCCUGCAAACACAUUGAUAUCAAUUUAUAAUGCUCUGAUACAGCCUUACUUCGAUUACUGCUCUCCUCUUUGGGGGAUUUGUAACAAAACACUAAGAGAUAAUUUACAAAAGUUCCAAAAUCGGGCCACCAGUCUAGAAUAAUAGCUGGCGCCAGUUAUGAGAUCAGAUCUGCUGACGUUCUUCGAACUCUUGACUAGGAUAAUUUGGAAACAAGAUCAUGGUACUUAACCAAGGCAACAUUCUUAUAUAUAGUCUUGAGUAAUAGUGCUGCACCAACUCUGAAAGAUUCGUUCAUAAGUAGAAAUAUUUUACUAAACAAUUAUAAUCUUAGAAAUUCUCAAACUGAUCAGACCCUUCCAAAGCCAAACAGAAAAUUUCUCAAAAGAAGCUUUAAAUAUAGCGGUGCUUAUCUUUGGAAUAACCUUCCGCUUGAAGCUAAGCAAGCUCAAUCAAUUUAUAUAUUUAAAAGUUGUAUAAAACAAAAUUUUUGAUGUUAAUAACUGAGUCUGGAUUCAGUUAAUCAUAUCUUUAUCUGGGACACACCAUCAUGGUUUACAGUAGCUUUUGACAAUGUACAUAUUGUAGUAGACUUAGUUUCCUUCCUUUUUAUAUUCUUUGUAAUAUUUUUUAUAUGGACGCCCCCCAUGGAAAUCAACUUUUGUAGUUGUCGGGGCUAGUGUCGCUAAAUAAAGUGUGUAUGUAUAUGUAUAUGUAUGUAUGUUCUUAUCCCACUUGGGAAUGGCGGAGUUAACUAAAAUUUAACGUCCUUAAUUUAGAUUAUCAGAACAUACAGUUGAAUUAAACAGAUUACUUGAAAGAGUUUACAAACAGUCUCAAUGUAUAGAUGUUGAGUCAUUGUGUAUUGUGACUGGGGAAAAGGUAAUCAGUAGCACUUAUAAUAAUGUUGCAAUAAUGCAGGUGGCGUAUUCAGAUAUUCCCGCACUUCUCCACCAUAGCUGUAGAAAGUUUCUGGUGUCAGGCGAGUUUUACUGCCUGAGAGCAGGCUUUAGUGAAACAGGACCCGCCUGAUCCAGGGUACUAGCACUCCUCGUAGGAUAACAAGAGUUCCAUGCAAUUACUUCUGUUCCUGGAUUGACAUCAUAAUUAGCCUAACUCAGACCCUGCUUAUACUAGAGCGAAAGUUUUCAGAUUCACGUUGCCGUUUACAUACGCAGCAACGAAUCCGAUAGUAAAUCUUCUCGGUUUCAUGCCGUGUCUGGAAAUUCUGAAUCCGGAAGAGUUUGUGGGAACUUCAUAUCCGGAAACAUUUGAAUCCGGAGAACUCUUGUGUAAACAGCUUUGUAUAUAGAAACUGAAUCAAUUUGUUGCGGUGUAUAUUUUCAAAUUUAUAGCUAUUAAAUUCAACCGCCAAACAGGGUCAAAACAUCACAUAAUAUCAUUGAGAGGGGUAAAAUUAUUUACUUUGUAUUGACCAUCGCUGUGUCGGGCUGUGUAGUGUAAACGCCUCACGCACCCGUAUAUACUUAAAAAACAAGGAAUCUGGAUACUUCUACAAAUCCAGAAACUUUUGCUCUAGUGUAAAUGUAGUCUCAGACCCAGACUCUUUUCUCCCUGUCAUGUUUUAAAAAUGCCAUGUUUAGAGUUAAAUGAGAGUACACGAGAGUAGGCAAUCAUUGACUUUGGUUCGCUGUUCAUAAUGCUCCCCCAACACUAAUCGUGUAUUCUGAGUAUUUAAGGCCUGUUUCAUACGUCGAAUUUAAUACAGACGAAUUUAAUUCGUUAUCAUUAAAUUUGUCAAUUGGUCGACAUUCAAACGACGAAUUUAAUUCAGACGAAUUCAUUUCAUGACUAGCGAUCAUGGAUUACCCAGAAAUAAAAACCACGGGAUCAGAAAGAGAGAAACAGACAUAAUUUAUGCAUUUAAUUUGACACGACGAUACGACAUCGUAUGAAACGAAGACGCGCUACAGACGUUGUAUCCGUCUGACCCAACCUUGUACCCAGGAUAUUUCUUUGGUCCUGGGUACGAGGUUGCGUCUGACCAUGACGGAUAAAACGUCUUGGACGAAUUUAAUUCAUCAGAUGAAUUUAAUUCGUUCAAAUUCAUACGAUGCACUACCGUCGCAUUUAAUUCGUCCAAUUAAAUUCGUCUGAAUUAAAUUCGACGAUAGUGCGACGUAUGAAACAGGCCUAAGUUUUACUUAACACAUAGUUGGAACACUUAAUCUUUAUUUUGUUAAUCUAUAAAGUUUGAAAUGUCCACUGUAACAAUUCGUGACUGCUACCUCUCAUCAACUCUUAUUCUUGUUUGACGGAGCUAAAGUAGAAAUUAUGGCCUGAAGGAAGCUUGACAUUUUCAUGAUGCAAAUGCUGAUGGGAUUAAAAACUGGAUUUAAAAAUUCUUUGUUCCUAGGUGUGGUCAAUCCGUGUAGAUGUUACAGUGUUAGAUGAUGGUGGAAAUAUUAUAGAUUGUGCGUCCAUUGCCACUAUUACCGCAUUGUCUCAUUUCAGGUUUGUCUUUGUUUACUUUAAUGAUUACCUUCUUGCGACUUGUGCAAAUACGGUGAGAAAAACUAUAUUUAAGGGAAUUGGGGGGAACGUUCACCCACCGGAUUGAAUAACGUAUGGAACGUACUGGUCCAGAAUGGAACAAAAUAGACAAACGUUUGCUUGUCAAACAGUAGUGUGGACCAUCUAUAUCUAUGGUGUGGAUACUGGUACAAACCUGUACGAGGUUUUGCAACAAUCAAUAAUACACGCUAGAUUUUUAUGUCUUCGUGAAGUAUGCUGUCUACACUUUCUCAAAGUUUUAUUAGAUGCGGGAAAAGGCGAAAAUGGACCAGGAAUACAACCAUACAAGUACUCCAGUGUAAAUCACUUUCUUGAAGUUAGAAUUUUCGUCCAAAAGUGGUGACGGGGGGAUAAUGGCAAUAAGAUGUAAAAUUAACUGAAGAACCCGCAAUUCAAGGGCCCCUAAAUGAGGAGUCACGCCACUGUUCACAUUACUGCGGUUAUUCCUAUAUUGUGUUUUUUAGUCAUAAAAUGCUCUGUUUCGGUUUUUUGUGGGACAACGAUGGAAACCGCUGAUAUGUGUGAUAAUCAUAUAUCUAAUGUUGUUUAUAAUAUAUAUGUAGUUAAUUAUCUAUUUAGACGUCCUGAUGUCUCAGUUUCUGGUGAAGACGUCACUAUAGUGAGUUUAGUUUGUUUUAUUCAACAGAUGGUCAAAUUAUCGUUCAAAUUGUUAAUUACUCUAUGUUAGAAUAGACGUGACCAAUUUGACGAAUAACAAUAUUUGAUGUAAAAUUCUGACCAUCCUUGAUUGCUUGAAUCAUGUAUAGAAUCAAUGACAAUUACUGUUAUUAUUUCUUGCAAGAGAAAGAGAGUACGAUAUUGAUAUAGACAAACAAGAAACUAAAAACCGCAGAGUAUUUCAUAAACAAAACUCGUUAAAGUGCACAUGACAUGAAAAUUUCUCCCCAAUUUUCAUGCGUCACUUAAAUGUACCUUGAAAAUGAUGAAGAAUGGCCUUAACAAUUUAUUCAUCUCAUUCCCACGUUAUCGGGCAUAAACGAAAUUUGGUACAGUAGUAAGUGCACCUAAGCAAACAUUUUGCAACGUUUAUAUGGUUGUCAUAGCAACACACUAGUUACAAGAUCUCUCUGUCCUAUUUGUCCAAUUCUUUGAUUCCAACAAAAAGAGAGGAAUUUUUGUGAUUUUCAUUUAUAACUAUCGUUUUAUAGGUGCUGUGGAGAAUUUAAAAAAAAAGAAUUAAAUAAAUUUUCAUGCCAUGUGCACUUUUAAAAAUAUUUAACAAAUUUUGACCGACGCCUGCGAGUGUGUCACAUGAUUUCUUAGAAGUCAUUUAUUGACAGUUUAAUCACGAGACAAUUAUGAACGUUUAUUACUGUGAUAUUACCGAAACAACGAUAUGCUGCUCAUUCCCUUUCUGUCUCGCCAAUAAAUUUUGAAUGAGGUAAAGAACAAACCAGUAAAUACGGAGCAUUAUAUAUAUAUAUAACUAUUCGUGAUGAAGAGUAUUUUAGUGGCGGACUAUUAGAAAAAUGAGGUUCAACUUGCACGAAUUUCUUUUUCGGCUUGUAAUUUUUUUUAUGGAAUAUUAGUUUUUUUACGGUACUCUCUUUUUGCGUGAGUUUUUUUGUCCGCCCCUAUCGGAUAUUUAGCUACAAAAUUAUUUUAAUUUUGUUUUUCUUUAGUAUUCAAUAGAAGAGCGUGAUCCAGUGCCGUUAAGCGUCCACCAUAUUCCUAUUUACGUUACGUUUGCAUUUUACGAUAAUGGGUAAAACUUAUUAAUGUUAUAUUCAACCGCAGGAUAUUGUCCUUUAGUAGUAGUUUAUGUAGUUCAAAUAACGCCCAGAAAUUAAGUUAAUAAGCGUAAAAUUUCAUUGGAAAUACUAAGAAAUACCAUGGAUUGUAAAAUAACAUUCAUGGAAAUACUAAGCCUCGUCAAAACAUUUAACAUAUAACGUUAGCAAACUUGCUAACAAGAGAAAGGCGUAAAAAUAUAAUUGAUUAUAAAAAUAUAAUUGAUUGCAAGUCUCUGUGCACAAUCAUAUAUUUGCAGCCUAUUUGUUUCAAAAACCUCAACAAUAGGAGUCGUCCGUGCUGUAGAAAUACAUGAAUUGUAUAAGCUCUUGUGAGUUGUGAUUGAUCGGAAUGUGAUUGAUUCAAGCCCUUGAUUCAAAAACUGUUCUUGUAGUUAUUGUAGAAUAUUACCUCCAUGGAUAUAUUUGUAGAGCUUUACUACUAGUGGAUCCUACGGAUAGAGAAGAGAGCGUCAUGGAUGGUCAAAUGAUGAUUGCCAUGAAUGUUGAUCGUGAAAUUUGUGCAGUGCAAAUGAAUGGAGGGUUAUCUCUUGAAGCUGAUCAGGUACAUAAUAGUUACUUCCAUGUAAUAAGUCAUACACUCUAAUUAAUAUCUAAGUCAUACACUCUUUAUUAUUAACUAAUAAAUAUCCAAGAAUUAUGUUGGUUGAACGAUAUAGAAAAUAGUUUGAGUUUUGAGCCCUUCACUCACUUCCACUCUAGGAGCCUCGAAAGCAUUGAAGUAUAUUCCAUAUUUUAAAAUUUUUGAGGUAGAUACUUCUUUGAAGCUCGUGAAUACGAACUAAUCAACGCUGUCUAUGAAACGAAGCCAUCUAGCACUGAACAUACAUGUAUUUUGAAGAUAGUUCUAAACCAAUUAUAGCAGGAGCUGGAAUAACUAGAAGCGCAAAACUUUUCUUUGGAAUUGGACUGAUAGUGGAAGAUGUCUAAUAUCAGUCCAAUUCCAAAGAAAAGUCCUUUCCAUGAAGUUUGCAACUAUAGACCAAUACCACUUUUUUCGUUGGUCUCCAAGGUGUUUGAACGUUGCAUCUACAAUAGAAUUAUUGACCACCUCUCAAGUCAACUUACAAUAUGGUUUUCAAAGCGGCAAGUCUACAACUGCCCAGAUGCUUUAUGUUCUUCACAAGAUUCAUAAUGUCUUGGAGAAAAGAGGCCAAGUUGACACUGUCUAUCUCAGCAUUGCUGGACUAUCUACUGCAGGAUUUGUGUUUAGAUCUUUCCCAAGACAGUCUGGUAGAAGUGGUGGCGGCACGGGUAUUCUGUGCAAAGAAUCGUUGAAUGUAAAAUCCAGUGACUGUGGGGAAUUUAAUUCGUUUGAAUUCUCGGAGUGGAAUGUUUGUGUACACAAGCAAACCAUUAAAGUGGUGACAAUCUAUCGACCUCCUUACUCGGAAGAUCACCCGGUUUCAUCAAAUGUGUUUUUCGAAGAGUUUUCAUCAUACUUGGAGAACAUCGUUAUGAUUCCCGAAGUACUCUUGAUUACAGGUGAUUUUAAUUUUCACGUUGAUUGUCCAACCGAAGCAGACGCGAAAAAGUUUGCGGACUUAAUGAAUACUUUUGGACUUAUCCAACAUAUUCAUGUCCCAACUCAUUCAUCAGGUCAUACCCUUGAUUUGAUUAUCACUAGAUCAAUCAAUGAUGAUGUCACAAUUACCUCUCCUUUGGCGACGUUUGCUUUGUCUGAUUAUUUUUUUGUUGAAUGUUUGUUGGAUAUUCCUCGCCCAAACAUCCUAGUUAAAGAAGUUUGCUAUCGCAAAGUUAAACAUAUUGACCUCAAUGCCUUUAAAGCUGAUAUACAUGUAUGCGCCUCAGACCUAUUUCAGAAAACUUGGUCAAGUGUUAAUGAUAUGUCAAAACCCUAUGAUAUUACCCUAUACGUUCUAUUCUCGAUAAGCAUGCUCCUUUGAAAUCGAAAGUUAUGACUGUUCGACCAAUAAUGGUUCCUUGGUUUAAUGAUAGUUUAAAGAAGCUGAAAGCUAAACGUAGGAAACUGCUUAAAUCGAAACUUGAAUGUGAUAAGAAUGCUUAUCGUAAGGUACGCGAUGACUACAGUGCUCUAUUGAAUGACACCAGAAAAAUGUUUUAUUCCAACCUUAUUGAUAAAUCUGCUGGUGAUUGUAGAAAAUUAUUCCAAAUUGUGAACUCUUUGAGCAAAGUCGAGGAGUUUCCUGAAAAUCGCGAUCCUUCCAUCCUUGCUAACGAGUUUGGCGAGUUCUUUUGUUAACGAGUUUGGUGAGUUCUUUUGUUGUCAUGAAUUAGCCCCAAUCAUCGCUGAAAUCAUUAAUCUCUCUUUCUCUGAAGGAAUUGUACCCGAUCAUUGGAAAAUAGCGCUGGUUCUACCUCUUUUGAAGAAAUUUGGGCUUGAUUUUAUGUUUGAAAACUUCAGACCUAUAAGCAACCUGCCAUUUGUUGCCAAGUCUGCUGAGAAGGCGACGAUCUCUCAGUUAUCUAUACAUUGUGCUGAAAAUGCCCCCUUUCCCGAGUAUCAAUCAGCGUAUCGGAAAAAUCACUCAACAGAAACAGCUUUACUAAAAGUCCAGAACGACAUUCUCCUCAGUAUGGAUCGCCAGGAGGUUACCCUUCUUGUGCUUAUCGACCUAAGUGCCGCAUUUGAUACUAUCGACCAUGCAAUCCUACUGGAGACACUUGAAAAAGACUUUGGCGUAACUGGAAAUGCCCUCAAAUGGCUAACAUCUUAUUUAUCCGAGAGAAAACAAACAAUUUUAAUUAAAGACCAUGAAUCGGAAUCGGAGUUCCGCAUGGUAGCUGCCUUGGCCCUGUCCUCUUCAUACUCUACGUGGCUGGGCUAUUUACGAUUAUUGAUAAACAUCUUCCCAAUGCAUAUACGUAUGCAGAUGACACCCAGAUUUAUCAUUCGUUUCGGCCGGAUACAUCUUUAUCGCAAGAUGCUGCACUAAAGUGUAUUGAAAACUGUGUUGCUGACAUUCGUGCCUGGAUGCUUUCUAACCGUCUCUUGAUAAAUGACUCCAAGACUGAAUUUAUUAUCAUCGGUUCAAAGCAGCAAAUGUCAAAGAUUAACACCAAUGAAAUUACCGUUGGUGAAUCUACGAUCGAGCCUGUGGAGGCGGUGGAAAGUCUCGGAAUGUGGUUUGACUCGCAUAUGUCGAUGGAUAUUCACAUUGGAAAAGUGUGUAGUAAGCCUCUAUAAUAUCCGGCAGAUAAGGAAAUUCCUUUCAGAAGAUACAACAAAGAUUUUGGUUCAUGCUUUUAUUACUUCACACCUGGACUACUGUAACUCAUUGUUUUAUGGUCUUCCACAGUCUCAAUAUGAUAGGUUACAAAGAGUUCUCAAUGCCGCAUCACGUGUGGUCUGUCUAAUCCCCAAAUUCGAUCACAUUACUCCCGUUUUGAUUGGCCUUCAUUGGCUUCCUGUACGGUAUCGGGUGAUUUUCAAGAUUUUGUUGCUGGUGUACAAGGCUCUUCAUGCUAAUGCACCGCCUUAUAUCUCAGACCUUCUGACACCUAAGCAUAUUGGUUGCUACAGCCUGCGCUCGAAUGAGCAAAAUUUGCUAAUAGUUCCUAAGACAAUGAGGAAAACGUUUGGCGACAGAGCUUCUGCCAAGGCUGGUCCAUUUUUGUGGAAUGAACUUCCCGCUGACAUUCGUCAGGCGUCAACAGUAGAAACUUUUAAAAACAGACUUAAGACCUUUCUUUUUUAAAAAAAGGCAUUUUAUCUUUAAAUAUAAUAGUAAAUUUUAAACAUGUAUAUAUAGGUAUCAUCUCAUAUUUUAUAACAUUUUAUUUGAAUUUGUAAUGAUAGCGCUUUAGAAUAUUUAUAGUGUUUAGCGCUUUAUAAAUUAAUAAAUUAUUUAAUUAUUAUUUAUUUCGCGAACGCUUUCGAUAAAGUCAGCCAUGAUCUCUUACUCGUAAAGCUUCACAAUUUUGGCAUCAGAGGAAAUCUUAUUCGCUGGUUCGGGGACUAUCUUUCUUGGCGAUUACAGAGAGUCAUUGCUCUUGGUGUAACAUCUGAACCACAUCCAGUGCUUUCUGGAGUUCCUCAGGGACUUAAACCAAACCAAGUGUGUAGUCAUGCAUUUCUCAAGAAUUGCUCAACCGAUGAUCACACAGUACACACUAUCAGACACUCCAGUCCUACAAUCAUCCAGUCAGAAAGAUCUUGGCAUAACUACCACUAACGACCUUAAAUGAAACAAACAGGUGCAGGAAAUAUCGACCAAAGCAAAUAAAAUAUUAGGUUCGUAAAACGAACGGCGUUUGACAUUUGCCAAGGUAGAGUUCGUAAGGUACUUUAUUUGACUAUGGUUCUUAGUCAGCAUCAUGGUAGUCAGGUGUAGGCACCCCAGACGGUAAGCAGCGACGUGCCACCCAAUUUAUUCUGUCAUUGCCGUACCAAACAGAUAUAUCAUACCAGGAAAGAUUUGGCUACCAUCGGCAUCAUCCCUAUAUGUUACUGGCACGAGUAUUUAGAUCUAGUGUAUCUCUACAAGUGCAUCAUUUCCAACUCUGAUAGUAACAUUUCUAUCAAGAUUCCUACUCGAGAAACACGAAGUACUAAUGGAACCAAUGGUAUAUUACUUGAAGUAGCCAAGUGCAAGACAGUGAGCUACCAAAACAGUUUCUACGUCAGAGUUGCCAACGUGUGGAGUACACUCCCCUGUUUGAUCAGAGAAACCAAAAAAACCGUGGUCUCUUUCAAAUUUUGUUUAAUGCAACAUUAGAAGGAUUCACCAUAGGAUUCACCAAGGAAACUCGCGCAUUGACUAACUUGUCGUGUCGUGUCGUGUCUGUCUGUCUGUCUGUCUGUCUGUCUGUCUGUCUGUCUGUCUGUCUGUCUGUCUGUCUGUCUGUCUGUCUGUCUGUCUGUCUGUCUGUCUGUCUGUCUGUCUGUCUGUCUGUCUGUCUGUCUGUCUGUCUGUCUCUCUGUCUGUCUGUCUGUCUGUCUGUCUGUCUGUCUGUCUGUCUGUCUGUCUGUCUGUCUGUCUGUCUGUCUGUCUGUCUGUCUGUCUGUCUGUCUGUCUGUCUGUUUGUUUGUUUGUUUGUUUGUUUGUUUGUUUGUUUGUUUGUUUGUUUGUUUGUCGGUCUGCAAACCAGUUAUUGUUCAUACUGUGUAUUUCGAAUGUCUUGGAACCCCGUUAUUGGAGAACUAAUCUCUGUGUGGUAAUUCCAGCCAUGUAAUCUAUUGUGUAGCUAAUUUUAUGUAAUAGUUUGUGUAAAAUGGCAAAAUCUGUAAACUAAAAUAAAAUGAAGUACGUGACAACUUGACCAUUACUUUACUUCAUGCUAUAUGCAGCUACUUAUUGAUGAACUAUAUAAAAAAUAAUUGUUGAAGGGUUUUAUGGUGUAGAUGGGCAAAAUCCUGUAUAUAAGAUAUUACUUUUUUGCAGGUUCUAAGAUGUUCACAAAUUUCUGCUGUUAAAGUUGCUGACAUCACUGAACUCAUUCAUAAAGCGCUCAGAGUUGAUGCGGAAGCCAGGUGGGAACACGAAAUUAAAACAUAUUGUGGUGGUUAAUAGUGUGAUGACACUAGUAGUUUAUUAAGGCCUGAUUCCACGGGCGCUUUUUCUCGGCGAAAUGCG